ACGCUCUUCGCCUCUCUCUGCUGCGGGGACAGGACAGGGUUGGGGUCGCAACCGCAGGACCCUGCACCCUUGCCCUCUGAAAACUUUAGAGCACUCCUUUAGGGAGGAUCAAACAAAAAAAAAAAAGAAAAAAAAGAGGGGUGAAUUUAAUUAGGACCCCAGCCGCGUUUUUAAGUGGUGGCUUUCUUCAUUUACCUUGUUGCCUGAUUGUGGGGCGAUCUACCCCAGAGAGCCGUUCUUCCCUGCGCGUCAGUGGCUGCUGCUACUACUACCGAAGGAGGUAGCGGAGGAGGAGGCUGCGGAUGGUCGCCUUGAAUGAAAAGCCCCAGUUCCCCCUCCACAUCCCGCCCCCAAGGAAGGAGCCCUCGCGUUCAGGCAUUUUAAUCUUGCUACCAAGUUGCAGCUGAGCUUCUCCGGGCUGGCUUAAGACAUGAAUGAGGAUGACAUUGAUCUUCAAAGAAUACCCCCUGAGGAAAUCUGGGGACCACAGGAGGACGGAGCCUUCCCCGGGGAGGGACCUUCGCCCGGAGAGCCCGGCCCAGCCCCCCGCGAGCCCGAGAUGAGGGUCAACGAGAAGUACUCCUCCCUCCCCGCGGGGGACAAGGGGGUCCACAUCAUCAACAUCCGAGCGAUCGAGGACAUCGGCUACCUCCGGUCCGAAGGCACGUUGUUAAACUCCCUUGCUGUGGAUCCAGAUGCUGAAUGCAAGUAUGGACUCUAUUUUCGAGAUGGCAAAAGGAAGGUGGAUUAUAUCCUCGUGUACCAAUAUAAGAGAUCCUCAAGCAGCAAGACCCUGGCUAGACGCGUUCAGCACAAUGACUCUUCCUCGGGAACUCGGAGCAUCAAACCGGAUCAUCCUCUGCCCGGAAAGGAUGGGAACAUGGAUAUAAGUGAACCUGAACAACAAAUGGAUUAUCACGAGGAUGACAAGAGAUUCCGCAGGGAAGAGUAUGAGGGCAACCUCCUGGAGGCUGGUCUUGAAUUGGAAAGAGAUGAGGAUACUAAAAUACAUGGAGUUGGAUUUGUAAAAAUUCAUGCUCCGUGGAAUGUUCUAUGUCGAGAAGCUGAAUUUCUGAAACUCAAGAUGCCCACUAAGAAGCUGUACCAGAUUAAUCAGGCCCGUGGUCUCCUGAAAAAAAUUAACUCAGUUCUUCAGAAAAUAACAGAUCCAAUCCAACCUAAAGUGGCAGAACACAAACCCCAGACGAUGAAGAGGCUCUCCUAUCCUUUCUCCAGAGAGAAGCAGCACUUAUUUGACCUGUCUGAUAAGGAUUCCUUUUUUGACAGCAAGACUCGAAGCACAAUAGUAUAUGAAAUAUUGAAAAGAACAACUUGUACCAAAGCCAAGUACAGCAUGGGGCAAGGAGAGGGAAGAAAGAAGGAAUCUGCCCUUUUAAGUAAAAGGCGAAAAUGUGGUAAAUAUGGGAUCACCAGCCUCCUUGCCAAUGGAGUGUACAGUGCAGCGUACCCCUUGCACGAUGGGGACUACGAAGGUGAAAAUAUUGAGCUCAAUGACAGAAAACUCCUUUGUGAGGAAUGGGCAAGCUAUGGGGUCUUCUAUAAAUAUCAGCCCAUCGAUCUGGUCAGGAAGUAUUUUGGAGAGAAGAUAGGACUGUAUUUUGCCUGGCUGGGGGUAUAUACCCAAAUGCUCAUCCCAGCUUCGGUCGUCGGGAUUAUUGUGUUCCUGUAUGGUUGUGUUACCGUUGAUGAGAACAUACCAAGCAUGGAAAUGUGUGACCAGAGACACAAUAUUACCAUGUGCCCCUUGUGUGACAAGACAUGUACUUACUGGAAAAUGAGCUCAGCUUGUGCCACUGCCAGAGCAAGUCACCUCUUCGAUAACCCAGCAACUGUCUUUUUCUCCGUCUUCAUGGCCCUAUGGGCUGCCACAUUUAUGGAGCAUUGGAAAAGAAAACAGAUGCGUCUCAAUUACAGAUGGGAUUUGACUGGGUUUGAAGAGGAAGAGGAGGCUGUCAAGGAUCAUCCAAGAGCAGAAUAUGAAGCUAAAGUUUUGGAGAAAUCACUUAAGAAAGAAAGCAAACAAAAAGAGAAGCGUGGACAAAUGCCAGAAGAGACAACAAACAAAUGGAGGCAAAGAGUUAAGACAGCCAUGGCUGGGGUGAAAUUGACUGAUAAGGAAAAACUGACAUGGAAGGAUCGUUUUCUGGCUUAUUUCACCAAUUUUGUUGGGAUCAUAUUCAUGAUUGGAUUGACAUUUGCCAUUGUAUUCGGAGUCAUAAUCUACAGGAUUUCAACUGCUGCUGCUUUGGCAAUCAGCUCCUCUCCUUCAGGCCGGUCUAAUGUUAGAGUUACUGUCACAGCCACUGCAGUUAUUAUCAACCUAGUGGUUAUCAUCAUUUUAGAUGAAGUCUACGGUUGCAUCGCCAGAUGGCUAACUCAGAUUGAGGUUCCAAAAACUGACAAGAGCUUCGAAGAAAGGCUGAUCUUCAAGGCUUUCCUGCUGAAGUUUGUGAAUGCUUAUACUCCCAUCUUUUAUGUGGCUUUCUUUAAAGGCCGGUUUGUCGGACGCCCUGGAGACUAUGUGUACAUUUUUCAUUCCUUCCGAAUGGAAGAGUGUGCUCCCGGUGGUUGCUUAAUGGAACUAUGUAUUCAGCUUAGCAUCAUCAUGCUGGGCAAACAGCUAAUUCAAAAUAACCUGUUUGAAAUCGGUAUCCCAAAAAUGAAGAAAUUCAUCAGGUAUAUAAAAUUAAAGAGACAGAGCCCUUCAGACCACGAAGAGUAUAUGAAAAAGAAACAACGCUAUGAAGUGGAUUACAACUUGGAACCUUUUGCUGGUCUGACUCCAGAAUACAUGGAAAUGAUUAUCCAGUUUGGAUUCGUCACCUUGUUCGUCGCCUCCUUUCCCCUGGCUCCUCUGUUUGCCUUGCUGAACAACAUUAUUGAAAUCCGUUUAGAUGCCAAAAAGUUUGUCACUGAGCUUAGGAGACCAGUCGCAGUGAGAGCCAAAGACAUUGGAAUCUGGUAUAAUAUCCUCCGGGGUGUUGGAAAAUUUGCUGUCAUAAUCAAUGCAUUUGUGAUCUCUUUCACAUCCGACUUCAUUCCGCGCCUCGUGUACCUGUACAUGUACAGUGAGAAUGGUACCAUGCACGGCUUUGUCAACCACACACUGUCUUCUUUUAACGUCAGUGAUUUCCAAAAGGGAACAGCUCCAAAUGAUCCAAUGGACCUUGGAUAUGAGGUUCAGAUUUGCAGGUACAAAGAUUAUCGAGAGCCACCGUGGUCUGAAAACAAAUAUGAUAUUUCAAAGGAUUUCUGGGCUGUUCUUGCGGCCAGGCUAGCAUUCGUUAUAGUUUUCCAGAAUUUGGUCAUGUUCAUGAGUGACUUUGUGGACUGGAUCAUCCCAGACAUUCCCAAGGACAUUAGCCAACAGAUUCAUAAAGAGAAAGUUCUCAUGGUAGAACUCUUUAUGAAAGAGGAACAGGGCAAACAGCAAAUGUUAGAAACCUGGAAGGACAUGGACAAGAGAAACAGUGAAAACUGUAACAACCACAGUCCCAAAUUCUCCAGGAGCAACCGAGGUAGCGCUUCUUCUUGCCAUUCAUAUCAUGUCCCUGUUUAGACAGAGACAGUAGUGUCUUAUGAAUCUGGGCAUUCCAGUGACUGCCGUUAUCAAAAGCAAGAUCUGAUUCAUGGACCAGCUGGUGCAUGUUUAAGGAUAUACAGCCAUUUUGUGAGAAAUUGUCUUCUUGCAGAAAUGGAGGACCACAAUCUGGAUAGGAUUAUUUUUUUUUUGCACAAACAGCAAUGCAGGGAACUUUUUUUUAUAUUUUACAGCUCAUCCAAAAGAUUAAUAGUGAUCAUGUGUGGUUAAUGCAGGUACUUAGUGCACAUUCAUGGUCACAACAAUUCUCUGAAGCCUUGAUAGUCUUCUUUCCAGCUCCAAAAAAAAAUGGCUGAUAUAAAUUAUAGAUUUUGAUCUUCCAGCACCUUUAGAUAUUUGCAAAACCAUUUUCCAAAACAGCAAACAAGCACUGAUCUAUUUUAGAGCAGAGAAACUUAGAAAGUUACAGUUUUUUUCUUUCCAGUUCAGAAAUAUUUUUGCACAGCUGCUGUGGUCAAAAAAAAAAGUUUUGUUUUUUCUCCUGGUUUUUUGUUGUUGUUGUUUUCUUAAUCUCAAAGACACUAAGCACUUCCAUCAAAAGGAAACAGACUCUAGGAGGACAACCCUUUCCCAUAAAAUCUUUGAUUGAUUUGUUCUGAAUCUGGUCCUAAAAAAAUAGCUCUAAUUUUGCUUGGAUGAGUCUCAGAGUUUAGAGCACUUGAACAUUCAGGAGGACUCCAUACCGGUAAGGCUGGCUGUGGGUUCCCACUGUCUCACAUUGACUGUCCUUUUGCCCCUCACCAUCUCACUCUCCUUCAACUCUUUUGUCAAAUCAGCAUCCAGCAUCCUUUGGAUUAUUCAGUGAAACCAAAUGACAAAGACUGUUAUGUUGCAAGAGGUGUUACAGCUGGUGUUUUUAAAAGCAAUUUAAAGAUUUAAAAUGGACGUUUUACGCUUCUAAGGGUACAUUCUACACUUUUUGAUAUUUAUUGGUUUUAGAAUAAAUAGUGUGGGCUAUUGAUUAUUUUUCUGUAGGUGGUCUAAAAUGCACCAGAGGUGGAAGGAACCUAUUAUGUUAACCAAAUAUUGUUGAAAAUAAUUUAAAAUAUUGUUCCUACCAAAGAUUUUUAUUAAUAAAGGGCUUAUAUUUUGGUAAUAUUUUCUCUUAUAUUUUUAAUUACAGGAAUGUCACUAUUGUACAAUUAUUUAAAAUAUUUGGGUAAAUAGUUCUCAACAUACACUUAUUCUUAAUUUGACCUUCACAAAAUUAACGCAGCAGAAAUUUCUGAAGUACCAACAGACAAACAAGCACCUGUGCUACUAUAAAAUUGAAUGAUCCUACAAGGGAAUAAAGAAUGUAAAUAUUUUUAUUUUAAAAGCUGUUGGUGUAAUAUUGACAUUCCUGUAAAUUUCAGAACUAUAACCCAAGUACCCAGUUGUCAUAUUUUUCAUUAUUUGCUGAAAUCAUGCGAAAUUAACUGAUGCUUAUAUUUUCUCUUGUACAGUAAGUAGUUUGAAAUGGGGUUUUGUAAAUAAUUGUAUUAAGAAUAAGGUGAUUAUAAAAAUCCUUUCAAGGAAACCAUUUUUUUAAAAAAGUAAAUGUACACAAAUCCAUGUAGUAUUUUUGUUGAACAUUUAUUCAAAAUAAAUUUAAAUAUAUAUAAUCAUUUCUCAAGUGGAAUCCCU